GCAAAAGCAGCAAACACUAAUCACGAGGACUGCAAAACUCACAGAAACCCUCAUCCAAGCCAUCCACCGCAAAGGCACAAAGAACCUGACCGCCGUGUCCAACAACGCGGGCGCCGACGGCCGGGGCCUCGCGCUGCUCACCAAGGACCAGCGCCUCGGCCGCAUCAUCAUGUCCUACCUGGGCGCCAACAAGGAGCUAGAGAGGCAGUACCUCACGGGCAAGAUCGCCGUCGAGCUGUGCCCGCAGGGCACGCUGGCGGAGCGGCUGCGCGCCGCGGGCGCCGGGAUCCCGGCCUUCUUCACGGCCACGGGCGGGCGCACGUUCAUCGAGACGGGCGAGAUCCCGUACCGGUUCACGCCCGAAGCGGUGCUGGAAAAGGGCAGGCCGCGCGAGACGAGGGUGUUUGGUGGCAAGUCGUACAUCAUGGAGGAGGCGCUGCAUGGAGACGUUGCGAUCCUCAGGGCGUGGAAGGUGGAUGAGGCGGGCAACUGUGUUUUUAAAUACUCAACAAAGACAUAUGCCGGUGUCAUGGCCAAGGCGGCGCGCAUCGCCAUCGUCGAGGCCGAAAACAUUGUCCCUGUGGGUUCGCUAGAUCCCGACCAGAUUGAUCUGCCGGGCAUUUUCAUCGACCGGAUCGUGCCGGCCACGGCGCCCAAGGCGAUCGAGAAUCUGAAGCUCGCGAAGCCCGAGGAGGAUAACGCCCAAGUCUCCACCUCGAAGAGCCAGAACAACAACAACAAGACCCUCCCCGCGCGGGACAGGAUCGCCAAGCGGGCCGCCAAGGAGCUCAAGGAGGGAUACUACGUGAACCUGGGCGUCGGGAUCCCCACGCUGGCCGCGUCGUACGUCCCCGAAGGCACGACGGUAUGGCUGCAGUCGGAGAACGGCCUGCUCGGCAUGGGCCCGUACCCCGCCUCCAAGGACGACGUCGACCCGGACCUCAUCAACGCCGGCAAGGAGACGGUCACGCUGCUCCCCGGAGCGAGCACGUUCGACUCUGCCGAGUCGUUUGGCAUGAUCCGCGGCGGGCACGUGGACGUGUCCAUCCUGGGCGCGUUCCAGGUCUCGGCGUCGGGCGACCUGGCCAACUACAUGAUCCCGGGAAAGGUGUUCAAGGGCAUGGGCGGCGCGAUGGAUCUCGUGAGCAACCCGGACCAGACCAAGAUUGUCGUCGCGACCGAGCACACGGACAAGUACGGCGUGUCCAAGAUUGUGCAGGACUGCAAGCUGCCGUUGACGGGCAAGAGCGUCGUCAGCACCAUCAUCACGGACAAGGCCGUGUUCCAGGUCGACCGGGUCAAGGGCGGGCUGACGCUGACCGAGGUUGCGGCGGGGGUCAGUGUCGAGGAUGUGAGGGGCAUCACGGAUGCCGAGUUUGAGGUUGCAGGGGAGCUGAAGAUUUUUUGAUUUUUGAUAUUGGCAUAAGGGGAGAAGAGAACCGAGCGAUUGGGUUAGGUACCUUUGGCUAAGUGGUCGAUGGCGACUGGUGCCUCAUUUGAACCGCACUCACGAUGUUUUGUAGAUACCAGAUUUUCUUUUUUUUGCACAUACACAAGAUGGUUGCUAUUGCACACAAGAUCUGAGCGUACCGUCUCUCCAUUAGCAAUAGCGAAAUGUCUAUUUCAGCGUC